ACAUACAAAAUGUUCUUUUCCUCUAUAAAAGGAGAUAACCGAAAGCCAUCCACCCAUUUUCACAAAAAUGGAGUCCCAAAACAAUGAACUUCAUCAACCUUUCUUAGAACCCAUUGAAGACUGUACUGCCGGCGGCCAUGGCGGCAGUGCUGAGCUAGAGAGGGUGCUUUGCGACACAGAGACACCAUUAAUGAAGCGGCUUGUGGUGGCAUCCAGGAUCGAGCUUAAUCUUCUGUACAAGCUGGCUGCACCGGCGGUGAUGGUUUAUUUGAUCAACAACGCCAUGUCUAUGUCCACCAGAAUCUUUUCCGGCCAGCUUGGGAAUCUAGAGCUCGCGGCGGCGUCCCUUGGUAACUCAGGGAUUCAACUCUUUGCUUAUGGUCUCAUGCUUGGAAUGGGUAGUGCAGUGGAGACACUAUGUGGCCAAGCAUUUGGGGCACGAAAAUACGAUAUGCUUGGAGUAUACCUUCAAAGAUCCGCGAUUGUUCUUACAUUGACAGGAAUCCCAGUCACUAUGAUUUACGUUUUCUGUAAACCAAUUUUACUUUUACUUGGUCAAUCAGCACCAAUGGCAUCUGCUGCUGCCCUAUUUGUCUACGGUCUCAUACCUCAAGUAUUCGCGUACGCCAUUAACUUUCCAAUACAAAAAUUUCUUCAAGCUCAAAGUAUCGUGACACCAAGCGCAUAUAUUUCAGCUGGGACCCUCGUUGUGCACCUGAUCCUUUCUUGGAUCAUCGUGUACAAGUUUGGGUUAGGCUUGAUUGGGGCUUCGUUAGCUUUAAGCUUAUCAUGGUGGAUCAUAGUAGUAGGUCAGUUCAUUUAUAUCUUGAUGAGCGAUAAAUGUAAGGCAACAUGGACCGGGUUCAACUCGAAUGCAUUUGGUGGGCUUUGGGACUUUGUAAAAUUGUCUAGUGGAUCCGCCGUGAUGUUGUGUUUGGAGACAUGGUAUUUUCAGAUACUUGUGUUGAUUGCAGGGUUGCUAGAAAACCCCGAGCUAGCAUUGGAUGCACUUUCCGUUUGCAUGGGUGUCAAUGGAUUGCUGUUUAUGGUCUCAGUUGGGUUCAAUGCAGCCGCUAGUGUUAGGGUUGGAAACGAGCUUGGAGCAGGAAACCCUAAAGCCGCAGCCUUUUCGGUGUUAACGGUGACUAGUGUCUCUUUUCUCAUAUCGGUAGUGGAAUCAAUGAUUGUUUUGUCGACGCGACAUUUUAUAAGCUAUGCGUUUACCGGUGGUGAAACUGUAGCUAAUGCAGUCUCGGAUUUGUGUCCAUUAUUGGCUAUCACUAUCAUUCUCAAUGGCAUCCAACCUGUGUUAUCAGGUGUGGCUGUCGGGUGUGGAUGGCAAGCAUAUGUGGCGUAUGUGAAUGUUGGAUGCUAUUACAUUGUCGGCAUUCCACUCGGAUGUCUUUUCGGCUUCUAUUUCAAUUUUGGAAUCAAGGGAAUAUGGUCAGGCAUGAUUGGAGGCACCGCGAUGCAAACUGUUAUUUUAUUAUGGUCAACCUUUAAUACGGACUGGAACAAAGAGGUGGAAAAAGCUAGCAAACGUUUGGAUAAAUGGGAAGCAUCGAAAGAAACUGAAUGAGUGAAAGUAAAAGUCAAAAUCAAGUCCACUUGGUUAAAUUCAUUCAUACCCAGGCUGAAUAACAUAUCUUGUAUUUCUUGUGAUCAUGGUUCCACUAUUAAAAAAACGAGAGAUUCACGACAAAAAGUAUCCAGUAUUCCGAUCAAA